AUUUGACACAACAGUUUAGUUUUUGCUAUUAAUUUAUGAUUUAAUUACUAAUCAAUAGUUUAUUUAAUGAUUUAAUCGCCAAAUAGUGGUUGAAAUGGAUGAGACAUACGAGACAUACGAGUCGAUGGCAGACAUGAGUCGCCGGGAGUUGUAUUCAGUGGUCAACGCAUUGAAGAGAGAAAACAAUUGUUUGAAAACAGAUUUACAGACAUUUGCUGUCAUUUCGCGGAAAUGCAGACAAUAUUUACGGGAUUUGCAAAACAGUGGACACAUUGACAGUCACGUGACUCAAGAGAUACUGGAUUUGAUUGAUAUGAACGCACAGAAGACUGUCGUCGCUGUCGACGCACUCAAUGUUUCGCUAAGAAUGGGACUCAAGAAGAAUAUCGUGUGGAUCGACAGUCAACUCAUUGGAGUCGAUAGACAGCCGAAGAGCGAAGUGUUUACUGAUAGGGAAGACACCGACAGCGAUGGCCACCAAUCGGACGACUUUGACGUCAACUACGGAAGCGCUGAUGAAUGCGAGGACACGGCUGUGAGACCUCGAAGUGUGGGCACAAGUGGUUACGGAUUGCGACCAAAGUGU